AUGUCAUCUAAACAACAAUACUUGAAAAAAAAUCCUGACGAUGUCGUUGUCGUUGCAGCUUAUAGAACCGCUUUAACCAAAGGUGGAAGAGGUGGAUUCAAAGAUGUUGGAUCUGAUUUCAUUUUGAAAAAAUUGACUGAAGAAUUUGUUAAGAAAACUGGAGUUGACCCUAAAAUCAUUCAAGAUGCUGCCAUUGGUAAUGUUUUAAAUAGAAGAGCUGGUGAUUUUGAACAUAGAGGGGCAUUAUUAUCUGCUGGAUUACCUUAUUCAGUUCCAUUUGUUGCUCUUAACAGACAAUGUUCAUCGGGAUUAAUGGCCAUUUCUCAAGUUGCCAACAAAAUCAAGACUGGUGAAAUCGAAUGUGGUUUAGCUGGUGGGGUUGAAAGUAUGACAAAAAAUUAUGGUCCAGAAGCUUUGAUUGCUAUUGACCCUGCUUAUGAAAAAGAUCCAGAAUUUGUUAAAAAUGGUAUUCCAAUGGGUAUUACUAAUGAAAAUGUUUGUGCCAAAUUCAAUAUUCCAAGAGAUGUUCAAGAUGAAUUUGCUGCUGAAUCUUAUCAAAAAGCUGAAAAGGCUCAAAAAGAAGGUAAAUUUGAUGAUGAAAUUUUACCAAUCGAAGUUUUCCAAGAAGAUGAAGAUGCUGAAGAUGAAGACGAAGAUGAAGAUGAAGAUGCUGAACCAAAAGAAAAAUUGGUUGUUAUUAGUAAAGAUGAAGGUAUUAGACCAGGUGUGACUAAAGAAAAAUUGGCUAAAAUUAAACCAGCUUUUAAAGCUGAUGGUGUAUCUUCAGCUGGUAAUUCUUCACAAGUUUCCGAUGGUGCUGCUUUGGUAUUAUUGAUGAAACGUUCCUUUGCUGAAAAGAACGGAUUCAAACCAUUGGCUAAAUACAUUUCUUGUGGUGUUGCUGGUGUCCCACCAGAAAUUAUGGGUAUUGGUCCAGCUGUUGCCAUUCCAAAAGUUUUGAAACAAACUGGAUUAUCAGUGAGCGAUAUUGAUAUUUAUGAAAUCAACGAAGCAUUUGCUGGUCAAUGUUUGUACUCAAUUGAAAGUUGUAAUAUUCCAAGAGAAAAAGUCAAUCUUAAUGGGGGUGCUAUUGCCUUAGGUCAUCCUCUUGGUUGUACUGGUGCUAGACAAUAUGCUACUAUUUUGAGAUUAUUAAAACCAGGUCAAUUUGGUGUGACUUCUAUGUGUAUUGGUACUGGUAUGGGUGCUGCUUCUGUUUUGGUCAGAGAAUAA